AUGAUUGAUGACAAACCUCGCUCUGGACGUCCAUCAACUGCCCGAAUCGACGAAAAUGUUGAAAUAAUUCGAAAGCUUGUGCUAUUUGGAGGCAGUCAGGAGACCACGAUAAUGCACUUGCGCACACAGCCAUCUCUGUUCGACAGCUUCGGGCUAAAAAUGGCAUGGAUCCGUUGCCCCACGCACCUUAUCCGCCUGACCUGGCUCCGUGCGCUGUUUUCUUAUUUCCACCGAAGAAAAGAGACAUCAAAGGACGCCGCUUUGACGACAUUGAAGAGGUCAAGAAAAAAACGAGGGAGGAGCUAUCAAACAUUUCUAAGGAAGACUUCAAAAAAUGUUUCGAGCAGUGGAAGCACAGGUGGGUGUAUUAGUUCUUUUGAAGAUGAGGUUACUUUGUGAAAAAGUUGACAAUAAAUAGUGUAUUUGCAGUCGCGUGAGGAA